AUGACAUCGGAAGCGACGAUUCCCAAUGGUCUCGAUCAUCAAGUUGACUCUUGUCUGACGACAAAUGAUAUAAAUUGGGCAUGUGACGACCAAGAAAAUCAAUCGACAACGAAAUUGGAUAACGAUAAGGAAUUGAUAUUAAAACUUGACAAUCUUCUCCUCGAUGAUCAAAACGAUCCGGAGAUCUAUUUUCAUUCGUACAAGUCCGAAAACGAAAUGUCAUCUAUUAUGACACUGAUCAGCGGAACACUAUCGGAACCUUAUUCCAUCUAUACCUAUCGUUAUUUCAUACAUAACUGGCCUGAUCUGUGUUUUCUCUGUUCCAAUCGACAAACCAACGAAUUGAUCGGUGCGAUUGUCUCCAAAUUAGAUUUACACAAGAAAGUUCUACGUCGUGGUUAUAUUGCGAUGUUAGCUAUUAAUAAAGAAUAUCGACGAAAGAAGAUCGCCUCGAAACUCGUUCUCAUGAGUAUACGAGAGAUGAUACGACGUGGCUGUGAUGAAAUCGUUCUCGAAGCGGAAGUGAACAAUGAUGCAGCAUUGAAUCUAUUGAAGCUUUGGUUGAAAUAA